CAUAAACUCGUGAUGCGGAUGUCAACAGGUACCUGCUGUGUAUAGGACUUGCAGACUGUCUAGCGUCUCAUUGUGCAUCAGUUUCCCUCCAACUGGAGGCCCGCGGCAGCCUCGCCUGCUGUAUUACGUGACCUUGGUCAGAGCCUCCAUAAGCUUUAAAAACAAUCCGUGGCAUCAACGACAGACCCAACAUGACUGAAGACAGGGACGUCGCCAACCACUAUGGCAUCCGAAAUGCCUUUCCCGAGACAUGGCCCGAGGAGCUGGACGAAAGCGAUACAGAGAUUGAAGAAUACUCGGCAACCGCCACCGUGAAGCCGAAGAGGAGGUCCGCUCGAUAUUCAGCUUUGGGACGUAGUGGUAGCAAAGGCUUAGCAGCGGGCUCAUAUCGAGCAGGAGGGGGAGGAGAUAACGUCGCUAUGAAGGAUGAAGCCGAUCCCCUUGGGUCUUCGGACAGUGUGAUGUAUAUCCUUAAAAAACGGGGAAUCCCUGUCGAAGAUGACAUGCGCUUACGAAACCGAUUCCUCCUAUCUUCGACAUCCUUUUCGCCCGCAUUAUUCCUAUCGCAAGCCCAUCAAGAUGCUUCGGCGGAGGACCUUCUCGAGGGACUUCGAUUUCUCUCGCGCUCCAUUGAUCAAAAGUCGGCGUCGCUAAAGGUGCUGGUGGAGGCCAACUUUGAACGUUUCGUCCGGGCCAAGGCGACCAUAGAUAGUGUAUACACCGAAAUGCGCAAUCAAGGUGCUCCUAAAUCUCGACCUCAAUCCCACCGUGCAAGUGGUCAGUACCGUUACUCGCUCGCUGGCGCUGCACCACCACAACAAGCAACUGGUUCUGCCAAAAAGACCGCCCUCACGAAAGAAAGUGAGUAUGGUGUGAAAGGUAUCCGAAAUCCUCUAGUCGAAGCAUCGGUCAAGGCUGAAGAGCUAUGGGGCCCUGCAUUAAGUGGUAGAGAUCGUGAACAAAGCUUAUACACGGUUGUGAACCACGUUGAGAGGAAUCGUUCUGUGUUCGAGAUUGGAGGAAAUAUUUCCAAGGCAAUCAAGCAACAAGACUUUGACAAAAUUUUUGAGGAUUAUCGUCGAGCUAAGACUCUCACCAACGAAGCCCGGUCAAUCGCUGACCGUGCCGCCACUGAACGGAGGCAAUUGACCGAUGCUGAGAGCCAGACCAUUUUAGGUACAGGGCGUAUGUGGAGCGACGUGGAGCAUCAAGUGGAAGCAUUCAAACGCGAUCUAUGGCAUCGAUUGAGCAACGUGCACACGUUCUCACGUCAUAUAACGCCAGCAGGACCUGUAGAAGAGCAUAUGGAAUUGAUCGGAGCCCUUCUAGAGCUGGGAGUAGAGGACAACCCUGUAUGGGUCUGGCUUCUAAGCAGCUACGACUUGCUCAAAACCAAAAUCACGGCUUUCUGUGAACGGUCUAAAGUUGAAAUAGAGAUUCUUAGGCGACGACUCUCCGCCGGUGAUAAGCCCACAUCUCAAGCUAUGACUGCGUUUUUACGUGUAUCUUCGCGCGAUGGAGCCGACUCGAAAGAAAGACUUGACAUAGAUCAAAUCAUAGAACUCUGGGAAUGCAUCCAAACAUUUUUGACAAAACUCUUGUCUAUCCAAACUGGGUUACUCGGUGAAGUUAUAGAAUUCUGGGAAACGGCGCAAUCUUUCAUGAAUGGCAGCAAACAGAAAAUGCUGCCUGCCGGGUUUGAAGGAGAAAGUCGCAAACAUCAUCACCUAUCUAGCGAAGGCGUGAGACAGCUACAAGAAGGCAUUAUCGGGAUUGUCGAUUUGAUUCGAGAAAAUGUACUCUCGCUUUUCACAGAACCUCCAAUCGAAGAUAUCUCGCUUCUUUUCUCGCCAAUUCCUCCAAGCCCCGGUACUCCCGUCAGCCAUAUAACCCCCACUGAAUCGCGUUUUAAGCUUGACCCCAAAAAUAUCCCUCCACCUUCACCAAAACGUGGAGAAGCGUGGGAGGAGUUCGCAUUCUGGCCGCCACAUUCAAAUUCAUUAAGCGGAGUUCAUUACCUCAGUCAGUUCUUGAUUCUCAUCGGCACCGCUGCGAGUGAAAUGGCAGCGCUGUCACCAAUCACAGCUGGAAGUAGUUCCUAUGAUCAUCUCAAAAACCUUGUUAGUAUUGCCCGCGAAAGAUCCGUUCGAGUGGCCUGUGCGACUUGGAAUAAGGACGCAGAAAACUGCAAAUUACUUGAAGAUUGGACUCGUGAUCCUGAAAGACGAGAAUUGACCAAAAUGCCGGGACUUUUUGUUGUCUUUGAGAGUGCGGUACUCGCAGGAAUGCAGAAAAUUUUAUAUAUUUCGGAGGCUAUGAGCAAGGCAGGUUCUGUCGACGUUGUGACGCCGCCACCAGCAAAGCUCUUGCAAAUGGUACGGUCUCAAUUUGUCACCAGCGUCUACAAAGCUUUGAGCGGGCUAGUGGAAAACGCAGAGCGCCCUGUCAAGUCAAAUGAGGAAGAUAGAUGGGUUCUUACAGAAUCCAUUGUUCCAACCAAAAGCAUCGACUCUGCAUCAAUCAUGCCAACAUCAGAGGGUAUUGAUGCAAAAAAUAGGAAUAUCCGCAUGCUUCUCACGCUAUCCAACCUCAAAGCAUUCCAAACAGACUUUGUUCCUCAACUAGUGUCUAAUUUUGAGACAGCCUUUUCGGUAAAAUUGACGGACGAAGCGAAGACUAUUCGGGACGUUCUUGGCCAAAUCGAUGAUAGACUAUUCCAGUCAUACACCAAACCAACCAGCGUAGCUUUGGAUGCCACCAUUCAAAAUGGUAUCAAAUCACCUGACUGGGUUCCUUCAACAAACCGUCCUGAGCAGGUUCGGCCUUACGUAUACAGCACAAUGCUCGCACUAGUUCUCGUUCAUACUGAAAUUUCCACUACGAUUCCCAUCUCCUCGACUACGCCGUCGCCUGUUGCACAUCCCCUGUUAACGAGCGUUCUCACUCAUCUCGUUACGAAAAUAUCCACAUCACUUCUGACUGCAUUCCAAUCACGGCCUAAAUACACUCUACCAGCCCUCAUGCAGGCGACUCUCGACACGGAGUUCAUUGCUCAGACCAUGUCACAGUAUGUGACUGAGGAGGCAUCGUCGAUUCAGAGCCAGAUCUACCUAGAGCUGGACCGACGGACCAACAACGAAGCUCGCACCAAGCUGCAGGCAGAACUUGGAGAAAUGCGCGGCAUCUUGAAGAGAUUGCGGGAACGAACCAAAGGCGAGUUUGCCUGUUUCCGAAAAGUGAGGCCAUCGGCUGGCACCAAGGGGGGCAUGUAAUGAUGGGCAAGUUAGCUGAUAUCAGAUAUUACUUUCUGAAUGAAUAUCCCAUACAAGAUA